GUCCAGCAGAAAGUCCGGGCCUGCUACUGACUUUCUUACUUUCUAAGAUUCCCCGAGAGUUUUAUGAAGAGACACUUUGCUGUCUGAGUCACCUGUUCUGUCACAAUGCUUUUCCCAUAUCUCCUCACACUAAUCCUGGUAGCCAGUUCCGCUACUAAUGCUCUUCCUGUUCCCAGGCUCAAUACGCUUGGACUCGACAUGAAUUCUGAUGACUCGCCUCAAGGUUGGGAAUCUCAAAGCAGCACUGUCAUAGUCUCAGAUCGACACUUGCAGCGUAUUGAUGGCGAGCAGAGGGAGAUGAAGAUGAAACGAGAUCAGCAAGACCAUACGGGCACACAAGUAGUACGAUCGAUACCGACUCCGACGUCAUCAAGCCCGAGUCCCACCGCCUCGAUGUCUACCUCGGUAUCAAGGACUCCAAAGGAAGCUGGAAUAAAGGCCAGGCUCCUCAAACUGCUUGCCUCUUCAGUCGACUGGAUCGUCCCAUCCAUCAUGAUGACCUUCUCAGCCGCGGCAAUCCGGCAUCUUCACAACACCCAAAAUGACACAGGUUUGAUGGCCGGCGCGGGAGCGGCAGAAGGAGUCUUUGCGCUCGUCCGGACCGAUGCUACGACCACAACACCGCUCCUCAUCGCCCUCUUCUUGGUCUAUAUCAGCGCUCACAUCGUGUACUGCAGGAUCGUCUGCCACAAGCUUGCCCAAGGCGAGGGCUUCGUCGCCAUCACGGUCAUCGCCGCAACACUUCUGCUAGCGACACUGGUGCAGCUCCCGGGUCUAGUUGAGCUGUGGACGGAGAGCAGCGGACUGCCUAGUCUGUGGACCAUUCUGCCGCUACACAUGGUGUCCGUCUACUUUUGCUCGUUUGCGGUGCGCCUAGGUACGCCGUUCCUCAAGACACCAAGCCGCGACUGUGGAGGAUAGAGAGGCCUCACAGCAAACGCUACUGUUGUCGAGGCCAAUCUUCAAGCAUGUUACGUCUAUACAUACCAUCCCAGAUGCCUGUCUUCAGAUGCUAAGCGCAGCCUUUCGCACGAAUUUCCCUUCCGUUCCAACUCUAGAAUGGUAUCACGGCGUACGGGGGGUAUUCGAAUGUACCUCUUGUCUUCUGGUCGAUUACUAACGUACAAGGGGUAGUUGAUGAUAGUCUAAUCACUGAGAUCUAAACACUUAAUAAACAAC